UUUUGUUUUUCUCUGCAGCAGACAGUUGUGGAAUUUAUGUCAAUUUCUUUCAUACUGAGGACAAGACCAUGUUUUAAGAAACACCAUAAUAUCAUGCAGACUCCAUAAAUAGUGAAGCAAAAUUAUAUACCAGCACCAAAUAAAAUUUUACUUGUGAAGUGAUAAUAGUUCCGUUCAGUAUUCUACAAUGGCCAACGACUCUCAGGUGUGUGUGGUGAUGGUGCCUUUUCUAGCACAAGGUCAUCUGGGUCAACUCCUCGAUCUCUCCCGGCUCAUCACCUCUUACAACAUACCAGUCCACUAUGUUAGCAGUAGCACUCACAUCCACCAGGCCAGAACCCGGCACCAGAGUUGGGACCUCGAUUCGGUUAAAAACAUUCACAUCCAUGACUUCCCUAUCCAGCCUUUUUAUUCUCCACCACCAGAUCCCAAAUCCAAUACUAAAUAUCCCCACCAUCUUACACCAGCAUUUGAAGGCUCGGUGCACCUCCGCGAACCUAUUUGCAAGCUCCUCACUGAUCUGUCUAAAACCGUUCGAAGACUAAUCAUCAUUCUCGACAACUUAAUGGCCUAUGUUGUACAAGAUUUUGCUUCCUUACCCAACGCCGAGGCCUACAGUUUUCAGAAUAGUUCAGCUUUUUUUUAUUUUUCCUACUAUUGGGACCUAGCUGGGAGGCCUAUUGAAUCAGAUAACAAGAUUCUUCAAGAAUUACCUGGCGUGGAAGGUUGUUUCAGCUCCGACUUGUUAGCGUUUGUGGAAAAGCAGCAACUAUUUCUAAAAAACAUCUCGGGUCACCUUUACAACACCUCUACACUAAUUGAAGGCCAUUACUUCAAUUUGCUAGAGGAAUUGCAGCUUUGCCAGAGACAGUGGGCGCUCGGCCCUUUCAUUCCGGUUGAAAUUUGCAGAAAAACAGACCAACAGCACAAAUGCCUAGACUGGCUGGACAGUCAGGCUUUAAAUUCGGUGAUAUAUGUCUCUUUCGGUACAACUACUUCACUGAGUGAUGAAGAAGUUCAGGCCCUCGCAGUUGGCAUCGAAAACAGCUGUCAAAAGUUCUUAUGGGUUUUGAGAGACGCGGAUACUGUAGAUCUUUUUACCGGAGAAGUUAGAAAACCAGCACUUCCAGAGGGUUUUGAGGACCGAAUACUUAAAGCGAAUCAGGGGAUGAUAGUGAGAGACUGGGCACCACAGUUGGAGAUCUUGGCCCACACAUCCGUUGGGGGUUUUAUGAGCCACUGCGGAUGGAAUUCAUGCUUGGAAAGUAUUACCAUGGGAGUGCCAAUGGCUGCGUGGCCAAUGCAUUCCGACCAGCCAAGAAAUGCUGUGCUAAUAACCAAGAUACUUCAGACUGGUACCAUUGUCAAGGAGUGGGAGGAAGGAAAUGCUUUACUCGAAUCUUCGAUAAUCACAAAUGCUGUGAAGAAGUUGAUGGCGUCUAGGGAAGGAGAUGAAAUGAGGAAGAGAUCGGCAGAAUUAAGUGAGACCAUCAAAAAAUCUGUGGCAGAAGGUGGUGUUCGUGGCACUGAGUUGGAUUCCUUUGUUGCUCACAUCACUAGAUGAUUAGGUCUAAAAAAUUGUUGAAUAAUUUCCCUAUCUAUCUUUAUUUUGGUUUUCAUUUGCAUAUUUGAAGUUUUUAUUGAACUAAUUUGAAUUAUGAUGUAGAAAAUAAAUAAAUAAAUAUUGGUUCCAUUUUAUUCA